CCACUUCUCCAAAACUGAAACGAACAAAAUUACCUAUAUUGAUCUCUUUCUCUUAUUCAGAUUUGAACCACAGAAAUGGUUACCACACAUCAAUAUUAUUGGAUGAAAAGGUUAUCGAUAAACCCACAAGCUCUUCUUCUUCUUCUGUUCUUCUGCUUCUUCUUCAUUCACCACUGUGACGCCUCGAGAGCCUUGUCACCAUCAAGCGUUUUCUACAUAAACCCUAAUAAUGAUCACAAGAAAAAGACUAUGAGGAGAGACCAUUUCUUAGGGUUCUUUCCAAGACACUUCCCUGUUCCAGCUUCUGGUCCUUCACGAAAACACAACGACAUUGGUCUACAAGCCUUGUUGUCUCCAUGAUCAUAUGCUUACUCACUCUCUCUCUGUCUCUCUAGUAAACUUUAUAUAAUGUAAUUUGAUGCAUGAACUUAUACACAAAACAAGAGUAGAAAACCAUUCAUUGCUCUCUGAUGUUUGCUUUGACAUGUUCACUAUUCAGAUGUUUGACCUCUUUUUAAUUGUUUCUUGAUCUUUUGGUUAUUUUUGGGGUUGCAUAUAUGUAAAACUUCUUUAGAUUAGAAGUAAAAUACUGUACUGGCCAGGUUGGGAGUUUGUUACUUUACUCUUUUUUUUUUUCUUUUGUAUUAUAUGUAAUUAAAGCUUACGAGAUGAGAUGAUGCAACAUUCCGUUUC